AUGUCAAGCCAAUCCGAACCUGGUCGUGACUACGUCACAGCAGGAUAUCUCACCAAGGAAAAGACCCCUCUCACCCUCAAACACCCCCCAUUCAACAAGAACGACGCAGUCAAUCUAGUCACAUAUCUAAUCCAGUAUCUCCAUGGCCAGGGCUGCACAUACUAUGGCAUCACCUGCGGAUACCGCGUCCCAGAGCAAAAAUGGCAAUUUUGCGCCUGGUACACAAUGCCAGGUAUAACAGACGAAAAAGCAACGUCAAUACGCACGGAGCUGUUGAAAUACUCGGCCGGCCCAGCCAAAUGUGAUGGCCUUGCUGUGAACGGACCGUUUAAUCCGCGUUCGUUUUACUCUGCUGAAAUGUCUGAGGUCCAAUGGCGCUACGUGACAAAGGUCGCUGUUUGUGGGCCUUCGGUAUUUGUGAAUCGGGAUAACGAUGAAAGAAACGUUAAUGAGAUGUUUGACUUGAGAAUAGUUGACUCUGAAAUAUAUGAUAUGGAUCGACCUGGGUCAACUCUGGAGACCAUCCUGGAUGUGUUGACGUAUCGGAACGAAAAGCCGUGGGCUGUGAACCCGGUUUACGUUUCUAAAGGUUACUGA